UCCAAGCUGUGUGAAGCUCACAAGCAGAUUACACAAGUGUUGUCAGUGUAAAGGGGAGGGUCUCUACAGAAAGACGUGGGGAGAUGAGGACUGCAGCCUCUCCCAUACAAGGGGAAGUCAUAGCUUCGAUCUACAGUCCAAGACGUUUAGACCCUCAUGCACAAGUCCAUUUUCUCUCACGGACCUCGACAUGUGGGACACCAAGUCUCGCUUUACAGCUCAGACAUCAGCAUGGUGUGGUAUGGCAGCCGUGUCUGGGACAGGGUUUAUGUCCAGAGUUAGCACAAGCACAUCCGGGAGCACCGGCGGCUUUAGGCAGACGGAUCCAUGUCUAAGGAAGUGGCAGUCAUUGUCCCAUCUGCCGCCUGAGGGUCCUACACGAUCCUUUUCUCCAUCUCCAGGGGCCGAAUUAAGGGCGUCUCGAGGUGCAAGCUUCAGACAAGCAGAAGUGGGACAGUGGCUGCAGGAUUCUCACGAGCGUGUAGACACUCAGCUAGACCGCCUGACGACCAGAAAUUCACAGCUGAACUACAACAGAACUGCAGCGCGACUGCUUGACAUGAAACACAAAAAGCUGUCAGAAAUGAUGGCCGCUCUUGAGCAGGAGAAGGGGGCAGCUGAAUUAUCCCAAUUUGAAAAGAGCCGGCAGUGUGGAGAUCUUCAAGAAAAGGACCUACAGCUGGAGAAGGAGCUGCUGCAAAUGAGGUCCACUUUGGACAGAGAGAACGGAAGAUCUCCUGGCUCACUUGGCAGAGCAUCACCGAUGAGUCAAGAAGACUUAAGCAGACAGGAGCGGCAGGAGGUUGACGCAGAGCUGUGCAAGCUGAAGGAGUCUCUGAGAGACGCUGAGGCAAGUGCAAAGAAACAAGAAGAAGAACGAAACCAGGCACUCCAGAGGCUGCAGACUUCCACAGAGGAGCAGAGGGCGCUGUUGAAUCAAAUACAGGUGAUGAACAAGAGUUUUACCCACAUGAAACAGAAUCACUCUGAAGUGCAAGAACAGCUGAGCGAAGCGAACAACAAGAUCAGCCAAGCAUGCCUGGAAAAAGCCAUCCUGUCGACUCAAGUGCUGAAGCUGGAGGAUGAUAUAAAAGAACUGAAGGCUAAACAGACAAGACCUCUGUCUGACAGAAGUCACCUGACUCAGGAUAAAGCCGUGCUGGAACAAACUGCUCUGAUGAAGGAAGAAUUAAAGGCUCUUAAAGAGGUAAAUGAAAAGUUGAAAUCUGAGCUUGAAAUGCUGAAGCAGGAACUGAACACAGCACAGUCUCAGCUGCAGGAGGCAACUGCAGAGAGGGUCAUCAACUCCAAACAGAUCACAGAUCUGCAGGCAGAAUGCUCCCAGCUGGUCAGAGAGAAAGACGACGUGUGCAAAAUGAAUGAAGGUCGACGUGAGGAGCUAAAGGAGUUAAAAGAGAAAUGCAGCCAGCUCAGGGAUUCUUUGGAAGUUUUGGAAUCAGAAAAACUGAAUUUGCAGGAUCGGAUCCUGUGUUUGGAGGCUGAGGUACUUGAGAAGGAGGAAAAGCUAAACCUGCAGGAGGAAGAGUAUCAGAAACAAGAUGCCGUGAGAGUCCAGAGCACCAAGGAGCUGAAAGCUGUGGCAAAGCACUGGACUGAGAAAUGGCAAAAGGUGGCUUUGACCCUGCAGUCCACACAGGAGGAGCUAGAGGAGCUCAAAAAGAACAACUCCAGGAAUGAAAGGGAGUCUGAGUCGCUGCUAAAGGUGGAGCUUGAUGCUUGCAAACAAGAGCUGGAGCUGGAGAGGAGCAGGAGCCGGGCGCUGCUUCACAGAUAUAAAGGUUCAAGUGGUGCAGUUCAAACACAGGACCAAGAGACAGUUACAGACUUAUCACAAUCCUCUUUGUCAUGGGAGCCACUGCCAGAGUCCACCAGCAGUCAAAACAAACCCCCUCAGGUGUGUGAGCAGAGCAGUGAGGUUCAGAGGCGGACGCAAAAACUGGCAGAAAGGGAGAUGGAACUGAGGGAAAGCAAGCUUUCAUGUGAUGGAUUGGCCUCAGAUAAGGCUCGAGAUGAUGGCAGCCAAGCAAAUGUCUCAAUCACAGAAUCAAUGACAGCCCAGCUGGAAGAGAGCAGGAGGAGGGCGGACCAGCUCUGCCAGCAGAAAACACUGGCAGUCCACAAGCUUCAAUCACUGAGGCAGCCUCACCCGGUUAAAGAUGAGAAACCAUCCGUUGAAGACAGGAAGGAUAAACCUGUCUGUCCAGUCAGCCUCGACACGGAGCAGCAGAGGAGAAUGGUCACUGAGCAGCUGAAGAAUCUGUUCAAGGAGCGAGAAGGAAAGGAGGCAGGAAAGGUUGAAAACAGACCAGCGGCAGCACAGACUGGAGCCUCCUCACUGCAAGACCGGACCCCAACCUCUAAAGUGAUGAGGGCUGCAGCAGACAGGAGGAGCUGGCCACAUGGCUCAGGUUUGAUGCCAGUGUUUGAAGAGGAUGAGGAGAGCUGUGACUGGGUAGGAGAGGAGGGGGGACAUCCAGCAGAGGAGGCUCAUACUGAAACAAAUGUCCACAACCAAGACCAACAGAUGUCAGCUAUGAGUGCAGAAAUCAGAGGUCUGAAGGCAAAAAAUGAGAAUCUGCUGCAAGCUGCACUAAGGUGCGAGCAGCCAGACCAGGACUGCCCCCUCACUGCAGUCACACUAUCAGAGAAGUCUCCCACUCUUGAUGUGCAGCAAAAGAGGGCACCCUCCCUCUAUCCUGAUGGAAUAUUCCUGGCUGAGCUUGUGGAUAUCUGUAGCCCUGAUGAAGGUGAAGAUGAGGGAGAGGGCAAGUGAUGUGUUUUGUUGAGAUGCCACAUUGCAAAAAACUUUCUAUAAACUGGUCUACACAGACUAGUCUUCCCA